AUGCCAAUUAUUGUUGUUGUUGUUAUGAUAGGAAAGUUGGUUCUUUCAUGGUGGGUUUGGCCUUGUUUGGUCUAUCGAAGGCUCAAGGCAAAUGGGUUUUCCGGGCCGAAGCCCAGUUUCCCUCUCGGAAACUUGAGAGACAUGAGAAGGGGUGAGCAUAAUGAGCCCCGUUUUCGUGGGUCGUGUUUGAGCUUGUCCAACGAUAUUCAUUCCGCGGCGUUUCCGUACUUUUCCGGGUGGCAGAAGUCGCACGGGAAAGUCUUCAUCUACUGGCUUGGGACAGAGCCAUUUCUCUACAUUGCAGACCCUGAAUUCUUGAAGCAGAUGACUGCUGACAUAAAUGGUAGAAGUUGGGGAAAACCAACUGUUUUUAAGAAUGAUAGAGAGCCUAUGUUCGGGCAAGGCCUCCUAAUGGUCGAAGGCGAAGAUUGGGUUCGCCAUAGGCACGUUAUUACUCCCGCAUUCUCUCCAUCUAACUUAAAGGCGAUGGCCAACCUAAUGGUCGACUCGGCCACCAACAUGAUGGACCGGUGGGCCCACCUAAUAGCCUCCGGUCAGCCCGAGAUCGACGUCGAGCGCGAAAUCAUCGGCACGGCCGGCGAAAUAAUUGCAAAGACGAGCUUCGGGAUAAGCUACGAGAACGGGCGCAAGGUGCUCGAGAAGCUACGCGACAUGCAAAUCACCCUUUUCCGAUCCAACCGAUAUGUAGGCGUGCCCUUUGGCAAGUUCCUAAACCCUACGCAAAAUCUAAAAGCCAAAACCCUCGGAAAAGAGGUCGACGAUCUCCUCCAGUCCAUCAUCGUCCAAAGGACCAAUAACAAUAAUAAUAAGCCGGAGCAAGACUUGCUCGGUUUAUUGCUGACGGAGAACACGGUGGUGGAUGGCCGGAAAAAGAGGGCGUUGACCGCCAAGGAGUUGGUGGACGAGUGCAAGACCUUUUUCUUCGGUGGCCACGAGACGACGGCCUUGGCGCUGACGUGGACUUUGCUCCUAUUGGCCAAACAUCCCGAGUGGCAAAAGGAGUUGAGAGAGGAGAUUGCACAAGUGAUGGGAGGGGGGAACGAUACCAUUAUUGAGGCCACAAAGCUCGUAGGGCUAAAGAAGAUGGAAUGUGUCUUGAAUGAGGUUUUACGUCUAUACCCACCAGCACCAAACGUGCAGAGGCAGGCGAGGCAUGACAUCCGAGUGGGCGAUUUGGUAAUUCCAAACGGCACUAACAUGUGGAUCGACGUUGUGUCAAUGCACCACGAUGAGACUAUGUGGGGUAAAGAUGUAAACGAAUUCAAACCCGAGAGGUUCAAGGACAGCGUGCACGGCGGGUGCAAGCACAAGAUGGGUUUCUUACCAUUUGGAUUUGGAGGGAGAAUGUGUGUUGGGAGGAACUUGACCAUCAUGGAGUAUAAGAUUGUGUUGAGCUUAAUCCUCUCUAGGUUUUCAUUUUCUUUGUCACCUAGUUAUGUCCAUGCGCCUUCUAUUAUGCUCUCACUUAGGCCUAUGCAUGGCUUGCCACUUAUUGUUAAGGCUAUUUAA